AUGUCUUACACUCUGUUUCUUCUCACCUUACUCUACGUUGGUAUUGCAACUGGACGAAAUUUUCGAUUCGUUAGUCAAUGUACUCAAACUAUCUGGAUAGGUGUGCAGGGCAAACCUUUAAUUGAAAAUGGUGGAUUUAAAUUAGCUGCAAAAUCCAGUCGUAACGUAUUUGUGCCAGAUGCUUGGGAAGCCGGACGAUUUUGGCCGAGAACGGGAUGUCGUAAUGUUAACGGACAAUUCAAAUGUGCUACAGGGUCAAAAUACAACGGUCGUUUACAGGAAACCACGAUACUACCCCGAACUACUUGUACAUUUAAUGCAAAUCUUUGUCCACCUGAAUUGCAAAUGAAUGAUGGUGCCGGCGGGAAAGUGUGUGCUUCAGUCUGUGCAGCUAUUAACAAUGCUGGUCAACGUGCUACACAUCAGCAAUUACAAAAUAUUUACAACAACGAAGAUACGCGAUCCUUGGUCUGCUGCAGCUGUGAACGAAGUUACUGUAUCGGUCCACAUGAUAAGUUUACACAAGGUGGAAAAUGUUACGUUGAACGUUGGCCAAGAUCAACAGAUAACAGACGUUACGAUGAAGUCUUUAAAUCACAAUGUCCAGAUGCUAACAGUUGGCAGUUUGACGAUUUGGCAAAAUUUGAUCGCACCCCUGGUCGUUACGUCAGUGAUAUAUAG